GACUCGAUCAGAACUUUAACAUGCUGUAAAACAAUUUUUGCGUCACGACUGCGCAUAUCGGUGGCAGCAAUGACAAUCAUGAUUGUUCGCCGCGCCAUCUCGAUAGAUGGCAGCCGGCUGGCCGGCAAGCUAAAUGUUGUGAAUCAAUGUUCAAGAAUGUUUCGAAGCUCCCAGCUGGGGAUCGUCUCUUGUCCAUUGAGGUCACUGCUACGAUUGAAUGAGUCUUACUAUACUCGGGCUCAAUGGCACAUUAAUGAAAAUAGGAAUGACUGUGUCAAUGAAAAAUUGAAGUGUUCGUCACCCUCAACAGAGACUGCAUUAUGCCUGACAAAGCAUAAUAUUUUUACCUCACAGUGUGACAAUGAACUAAUGAAGGUGGUCCCAUCAGAAAACCUGAACUCCAAACCCCUCGCUCAGUCUCCUUGGAUGGACCCCAAAACUGUGAAAACUCAGGAGUGUUUAUCAAACGCAACGCGCCAUCCGCCUCAGAGAUAUGGACAUUUUUGUCAUCUUUCACACAGUUUAAAGAACAAAACUUAUUGCCAUUCUUCCUGUUACAGGCAGAAGUUUGUUAGCUCCUUAAAUGUUCACACAAGAGCACAAGCCUACAGUCUGUUUUCUCACCAAGCCAGAACAGUUCAUGGAGCUUGGAGUGAGUGUCUAACACUGGAAAAUGAAAAUAGGUGUCGAAGGGAACUUGCACCCAAUUUGAAGAUGUACGAUGUGGAAAGGGGGAGAAAAGCUCAGAGCCAAGACAAGAAUAAGGGAAGGUGGGCAUCCAUUCUGGUAUCACUCUGCAGUGUGAAGGAACAACCAGCAUUUCUCUUCACGCUGCGCUCCAGCAUGUUGAAGGGAAGGCAUAAGGGAGAUGUCAGCUUUGCAGGAGGAAAGAGUGAUCCAUCAGACAAUGAUGUGGUGGCCACUGCAUUGAGGGAGGCCAGGGAGGAGCUUGGCGUUAAUGUGUCAACAGAAAGCGUAUGGGGUGUCCUCAAGCCCCUCAGGGACAUGUCAGGGAUGUUGGUGGCUCCUGUGUUGGCUAACCUGGGUCCUCUUGAGGAGCUCUCUUUCAAACCAAACCCUCAAGAGGUGGAGGAAAUUUUUAGUCUUUCUUUGUCCCAUUUGUGCGAUCCUCUAAACCGUGGGUACACACACUUUCGCAUAGGGGACAGGUAUGGAUACACGCUGCCAGUGUUUCGUAAUGGGAAGUAUCCUGUGUGGGGCCUGACCGCUGUUGCCUUAGAUCAUACACUAAAACUUCUUACCCCAUCACAUCUGGAGUGAUGCUUAUUUAGUGUGUUGAUCAUAUUCAGUCAUGUGCAGUCGAUCUACUUUUCAGGAGUACCUAUUUAAUGCUUAUCCAGAGAUUCUUUGAUUUAAAGGU